UCCAACUGAAUGGCGUGCUUGUUGGGUUGUUAGACCUAAGAAGAAGCGAUUUAGCAAGCUUUUAAUUGGCGGCCUGCUUUUCGGAAAUAGUUUACUUGAAUGAACGUCGGGCUCCAUCCCAGCUUGCUGCUGAAAUUUCAGGGAACAGCAUGGCGUCCAUGAGUCAGCGUCGGAACAUGACGCACAGCCAGCAGCAGCGGAUGAUCCUGGAGCACCGGCGGCAAGAGGACCGUCGACUGGACCAGUCGAAGCGCAUCGCGCAGGACCGACAGAUGCAGGCCAGCCUGGUCAACGAGCAGCGCAUGGAGGAGAAGCGGCGCAUGCGCACGCUGCAGGACGAGCAGCACGAGAGGCAGCUCGAGGAGGCCCUCCUCAGAGCAGAGGAGGAGCGGCUGAUGCGGGACAAGCAGCUGGAGCAGGAGGAGCGGAUGGCUAAAGAGCUGGCACGCAUCAACCACGAGAAGCUCCGCCACCAGAAGAUUAGGCAGUACGUCAAGGAGAACAGUAUUGAGCUGCGUGAGCUGGAGUCGAAGCUGAAGUCGGCAUACCUGAACAGGGAGCGGUCAGCACAGAUCGCUGAGAAGGAGGCCAUGAAAUACGAGACAAUGCGUCAGGACGCAGAGGCGGCGCGUCUGAUGAAGAGUGAGCACGAGCGUGCGUCGGCGGAGGAGGAGAAGGAGACGCGUCGCCGUGGCGAGGAGGUGCAGCGCUACCAGCAGGAGCUCCAGCAGCAGCUGCAGGAGAAGGAGGCGCAGAAACAGGACGCCUACCAGGAGUUCCUCAGGGACAAGCUCAUGGUGGACGACAUCGUCCGACGCAUCUACGAGGAGGACCAGAGGGAGCGUGAGCUGCGUAUGCAGAAGGUGGAGGCCAUGCAGCGCUACAUUGAGGAGUUUAAGGAGCAGCAGGCGGAGUGGCGGCGUCUGGAGAGGGAGAAGAUGGAGGAGGAGAACCAGCGCAUCCUGGAGUUCACCUCCUCCCAGCAGCGCAAGGAGCAGGAGCGCAUGAGCCUGCUGCACCAGCGGGAGCAGGCCAAGGAGAGCAUGCAGAGGAUGCUCUCAGAGAAGAUUGCGCAGGAGCGUCAGCAGCAGGAGGAGAUGGACCGUGUCAGAGAGGAACUCUACCUGGAGGAACAGGCCGAGGCUGACCGGAAGAAAGAGAUCGAUGAGAUGGAGAAGCGCAUCCAUCAGCGUCUGGAGAUGCAGCGCACCUUCCAGGAGCAGAUGGCGUUCCGGCGCGUGCGCAAGGAGGCCGAGCGCGAGGAGGAGGAGGCCUUCCGCCACAUCAUGAUGGCCAAGUUCGCCGAGGAUGACCGCAUCGAGCAGAUGAAUGCUCAGCGCCGACGCAUGAAGCAGCAGGAGCACAAGAGGGCCGUCGAGAAGCUGAUGGAGGACCGCCGACAGCAGUACCAGGCUGACAAGGAGCGUGAGGCUGAGGAGCAUGCUCUGGAGCAGGAGAGGGAGGCCAUGCGCAGACAGAUCAUCGAGGAGGAGAGGCGGAGCCUGCUCAAGAAGCACGCCACCAAGCUGCUGGGCUACCUGCCCAAGGGCAUAUUCAGGGAGGAUGACCUGGAACACUUUGAUGAGGAUUUCAAGAAUAACUUCCAGAAACGUCAGGCAGACAUCUUCUCUGAUGAUGGCUGGGGAGAGGAGGAUCAAUAAGCACUUCUCAUAUUCCACCACUGGAGAGUGCUCAUGUGCAAAUGUGACUGUACUUUUACAUUUUGUGUUCUUAAUACAACUUAUCUUUUCAUCAUGCAAAUGUGUGCAUUUUGCUUUGUAUCAGAAUUUUGCAAUGAAAUAUCCAUAUAGGUUACUUCCAGUACCAAAAAAAUAAGCAAUUUAAAUAAAGAUUCAAUUAAAAUUCCCAAA